UUUUACAUACAAAUCAAUGUAGAAGAAGACAAACAUCAUAUUCUAAAGAUGUCGGCGACCAGGGAAAAAGAUGGUCGACCAGGGAAACCGUCAGGAAAGGAAUCUCAACCUUUGAUUAUAGCCAAAACUCCGGCAGAGGAGCAGCGCCUUAAAUUGGAGAGAUUGAUGAGAAACCCUGAUAAACCUGCUCCUAUCCCAGACCGACCAAAAGAAUGGAACCCUCGGGCUCCUCCGGAGUUUGUGCGGGACGUGAUGGGCUCCAGUGCAGGGGCUGGCAGUGGAGAGUUCCAUGUGUACAGACACCUUCGCAGGCGAGAGUAUCAGAGACAGGACUUCCUGGACAAGAUGACUGAGAAGCAAAAGAUGGAUUUGGACUAUCUUGACAAGGUGUCAGAUAACCAACAGGCAGCUGAUGAAAGAACAGCCAAACGCAGGAAGAAAAGGGAAAAGCUGAAGCAGAAGAAGCUUAUGGCAAAGAAAGCCAAGCAGGAAGCCAACAAUGUUGAAGAUUCUGAGAAGUCCUCCUCCAGCGGUGAAGAGGAUGACCAGGAGAGGGAGGCUGAGGAUGAUGCAGAGGCACCCAGCUUCGUCAUGGGGAAGAGGUGAAUGCCUGCCACUGGGUCAUGAGACACGCUCCAGGAAGAAAUUGAACAGGGGGGUCAAUAUCUAAUACCUGUUUAGAAAUCAACACAGCUGAGCAACACAGCCCAGCUUUUAUCAAUGUCAUGGACUCCAUAGACAUCUGAGAGAGAACAAAGGGAGAUGAGCCUCUGUUAGGGAACUGACAUUCUUCCAAACUCAUGUUUGUAGUUUAGAGCAGUGUUACCUGGCCCUGGUCCUCGGGUACCGCCAACAGUACACAUUUUUUUGUUGUAGCCCUGGACAAACACACCUCAUCCAACUCAUUGAGGGCUUGAUGAUUAGUUGACAAGUUGAAACAGGUGUGCUUGUCAAGGGUUACAAUAAAAAUGUACUGUUUGGGGGUACUCAAGGAACAGGGUUGGGAAACACUGGUUUUAGAGGACCUCGUUCCAAUUCAGUGAAUCGAGGUUGACAAAGCUGGGUUUCGCAUUUAUUAGGCACAGAAGGAAACUGACUGAAACAGGGAGGGAAUACCUGAACUUGAAAUGCUCCUAUAAGAAAUACAUAUUUUUGUUUUCUGUUGCAAAACCUUUUGCUACAGUGUGCCCUAAUGAAUGCAAUGAUACAGGUGUCUCUCAUUUGAAAUAUUUUCCUUUUUUGUGGUAGUAUAAUUGCUCACUUGUUUAUUUUUUUAUACUGUACUUGUGUAUAUAUUUUUAAUAAACAUCUGGGAAGAAUAAGGCCUAUAUUUGCUGUAUUUUCCUCCUGUAGAAUCUUCUGGAAUAGUUUAUUACUAUAUGAUAGCCCAAUUUCAUAAGCCAUACAUUUACUUAAGGACAAGCAUGGUUAAGCAAUUUUCACAGUGCUGAUCAGGACAUAACUCCUAUAAGGGUCACUCUCCACUCGUGAAAUGAAUUUGGGGAAGGAUAAUGCAUUUCUUUGAGUAUUUGUUCUAAGAGGAAAGCAGAUGCUUGUAUUAGGAUUUUUAUAAAGAAGUGCUUGCAGUAAUAACCUGGGUAAAACUUGGAUCUGCAAUUACUUUACCAGGAAGCAAUCAUUGCAGGGUAUGUUGUAAUUUUUAUUGCAUGUGUCUUGUUCAUCCAAUGACAUACAGUACCAGUAAAAAUGUUUGUCACCUACUAA